UAAAUGAAUAAAAUGUACAUGAAAACUAUCAUACUGGUCACAUGUAUCGUAAAUAGUUUGCAAAAAUCAUCCAUCAAUAUUAGGGAUAGGUCGAGUGAGGGAGAUCCCAUCGUGACAAUUGAAGAUGGUAAAAUUCGUGGCCGUCAUGAUGAAACAGUUGACUUGAAGAAACCAUAUAUAACAUUCCAGGGAAUACCUUAUGCAAAACCACCUUUGGGCAAUUUGAGAUUCAGUCUGACUCAAAAAAAAGCAGUUAUGGUGUUCAUUUACGGUGGAUCAUUCGUCCUUGGAAAUUCAUCUUAUUCUCAAUACCCACCUGAUUGGUUACUUGAAGCCGACGUGGUUUACGCAUCGUUCAAUUAUCGCGUGGGAGUUUUUGGAUUCAUUAGUACUCUCGACGAAGUAGCUCCUGGAAACAUAGGCCUCAAAGAUCAAUGUCUAGCACUGAAAUGGGUAAAACAUAAUAUCGAUCGCUUUGGCGGCGAUCCUAAUAGAAUAACCAUUUUUGGGGAAAGCGCUGGAUCUGCUUCAGUCUCUUACCAACUACAAUCUACUUGUGCAAGAGGAGCAUAUAACAGGGCCAUUCUGCAAAGUGGAACUUCUUUAUGUCUCUGGGCACUACACAGAAGAGCUAAAAGAACAGCCCAUGACAUUGCAAGAUUUUUCCAUGUAGAUUCAUGGAACACAAGUAGGAUACUUGAAGGGCUGAGGAAAGUUGACUACAAAACUUUACAACAAGUUUCCAUUGGAAUAGCGUCGAGAAUAGCCUUAGAGAAUCCGCUAGCAGGAAUACAAUUUGGUCCAGUCAUAGAACCAUAUCACAAUGGCGCUUUCUUUUACAACUAUAGUGAGAAAGGUUUAUCUGAAGGUUAUUUCGAUCAUGUUCCUACAAUAAUAGGAGUGAACUCGAAUGAAGGAGCUGCAACAGGAUCGAUACCAGCACUGAUUCGAUUGUAUUUAUUGAAAUAUGACAUACAGUUUAAGCUUCUUGCCCCAGAGGAUCUCACAAAAUAUCUUCUGGAUCGAAGAAUAGCUGCAUUGGCUAUAAAAACGCGUUACUUCAACAUAUUUCCGUUGAGCAUACAAACUGAGUCCGUUAUCAAAUUCAUCAGUGAUGAUCAAUUCAAUAGACCGGUUCUUAGAACAGCAGGGAAUAUGGCAAAAUAUUCCCCUGUAUAUUUUUAUGUAUUUUCCUAUGAAGGACGUCUAGGUGGUGUAGAACAACGGACAGUUCCAGGAGUACGUCAUACUGAAGACCUCGGAUAUAUAUUCAGAGGGUUUCCAACAAGAAUUAAUAACAUUUCUGAAAGUGACAAAUUAACGAGCAACAGAAUUAUCAAAUUAUGGACGAACUUUGCUAAAUAUGGAAAUCCAACUCAUCAAAAUGAUUCGGUGCUUCAAAAUGUAAUUUGGCCAUUGUCUUCAUCAAUUUCAAAUAGUCUUGUUUACUUGAAUAUCAGUGCAAAUUUGGAGAUUGGAAUAAACCCUUUCCACGAUAACAUGAAGUUUUAUGAAAAAGAAAUAUACGGAAAAUAUGGCCAACCACCUUACGAUACUUAUUGAUAUUGUUAUACGAUUUUAUGGAAUCAAUUAAAUAUUUCAAACCAAUCAA